AUGCCCGCCGUCACCAAGGACGUGCCGACAAGGAAGCUUUCAAGAGACGCAAAGAAGGCGCGGAGGAGAGAGCAGAAUCGAAACGCGCAAAGAGCCUUGAGAGAACGAAAGGAGGCCAGGCUUCAUGAGCUGGAGCUCCUGAUCGAGCGGCACAAGCAUGAGCAAAAUUGCAAGGAGGCCGAGAACGAGGGUCUGCAAGAGGUCAUCACUCGCCUUGGUGAAGAGAAUGCUGCCUUGCGCGAACUUGCAAAGCAUAGCGGAGGCCUAGAUGCCUUUGGCUCUCAUGACUCACUACAGUCGGAACCAUCCCCGUCGGUUGCACGUAGCUCAAACUCCAGAGGCGAUGAGGAAAUCGUGAGCGAUGCACCUGAUUCGUCAUGCUCGGACAUGAUGCAGUCGCCAUCUAUGUUAUGUCUGCAAAGGAAAGCCCAUCGGGGUUCUACCGUGCGGCCGCGUGGACACAAACGCGCUUUACUCUCCCCUUCUCCGGUAUUGGCGAAAGAUGGACUUAGCCUUCACGAGGAAGGCCGUUUGGAUAGCGAGCUCACAGCGAAUGUGGAGAAGAUUACAGAAGACGGAGUACUCGCACUCGAAGAACGAGACCUGCGUCAUGGCAUCCUCCAUGCCGAGCGUCAACCGGUCUCAUUCCCGGGACGAUUCUCCGAUGACUUUGUACUCGCGGAGGCAUCGCGGCAGCAAGGUAUGAGAGCGUCACUUCGCAAGAUGCUUGAGGCCUACGGACGCAAAAUGCCGGCCGCCAUGUCCUUAGACAUGUCAGAGACGGGCGCAAGCGGAUCUUCAAUGCCAAAGAAUGUGCUUGACACUACGAACCGCGACGCUCCUGAGGUUGCCGCAACUUCCUCUCAAUUGCCGUUGUCUCGCUUCGGCCCGAGUGACGAUGUUGUCGUCAUGCCAGGCGUGCAUCUCGACUCAUUUGACACGACGCGGGGGUCUCUGUGUCCCUGCCGGCUGCAAGAAGCUUUUCCGAAUAUGCAACACCAUCAGCUCCAUCACGUUGUUCCCAGCGAUUCGUCACUGAACAAUUUUCAGUCAAGGAUCGGCGAUCAAUGCGGCACCGAUAGUCGCGAAAGCGUGUCCGAUCUGACCCAAUUGCUGCCAGACCCUUUCAACACGGCCACUUCAGCUGGCACAAUCAAGAGCACCACGCUCGCUGAUGGUAUCAUUAGAGGCCAGGAACACCACGCAUUGUCUUCAAAGACGACAGACUCGCAGCGUCCGGUUGUUCCAUCCACCUCGACUCAGCCUUCACGUCCUCGGAUUGAACUUGCGUCCUCUUCAGGGCAGGACUCUUCCUUGGCGUCAGCCAUGGGGCACAAAUAUUCUCUUGGCCCUUUCACUCUCAACAUUCAUGGACCUCUUGCAAGACACUCAGCAGCUCAGCUGAGACAAUCUUCCCACCCAUCGCCAUCCUUCUUUGAUGAAGACUCACUCACAUGA